AUGACCACCAAACAACCCACCAAACAAACCAUCAAAACCCUCCUAACAACCCCCCUCCUCCUCGCCGCCGAACGCCUAAUCCCCACCUACCCCCCGCACUUCCCCACAAUCGAACACGCAAAAACCCACAUCAGCCACCACUGCGCCGCCGCACACUUCACCUACGGUUCCCCGCCGGCGCACCUCCGCGACCGCGUGCGCGACCGCGUGCACUUCCUCGUCGCCGUGCGCGCCUACGAAGCGGGGGAGUUUUACCUAGACGAGGGCCUUGUGGAUCGGGCGGCGCUUAGGAAUGCGAUUGAGCGCGAUAUUGCGCGCGUGCUCCCGCUUAUACGCGUCUGGCCGCGUGAGUUUCCUGAUGUGGGCGCUGCGAAGCUGUAUGUUGAGGGGGUGUGCUUCCGCGCGGGGUUCCGGUGUGGUGAGUUUGGGGGUGUGGCGCAGGGGCGGUUUAGGGGGUAUGUUGUGUUUAAUGCUGUGAGGAGGGGGUUUGAGAGGGGGUUGUUUGGACUGCGGUCGUGUGAGGGGGUGGAGGGGUGGCGCGUGGGGAGGACUGCUCCUACGUUUACUUCUGCGCCUGCUUCUGGGGAGAGGUUCGCGUGUCUUAAGGAUGCUAUUGACUUCGAUGUCGAGCGCCUGGUCCCGCUCGUACGUGGCUGGCCGGCUCGCUUUACGGAUAUCAAUGCUGCGCGGAAUUUCGUUGGGGGGUUCUGCUAUGAUGUGCGGUUUCGGUACUCUGGGUAUGGCGAUGUGGAGGCGCAUCGGUAUCGUAUGUUCGUCAACUUUCAUACGGCGAAGCGUGCGUUUGGGGAGGGUAGGUUCGUGCUGGAUGUCCAGAUGCUGGGGGUGAGGAAACAGGUUUUGGGUGGGAAGUUGGCGGAGGAGAAUGGUGCUGUUGAGGAGAAGACGGAGAUGGACGGAGGUGCUGUCGCUGGAUCUACGCCUGUCAAGAAGUCCGAAGUCGACUCGGUCCCCGUCUACGCCGCCGAUACCGAGCCCGAAACCGAAACUGCCGAGUCGGAGGUUCCUGCGACUGUCCUCCAACUCGCCACGCCUUUUGAUCGUCGCCGAGACGACUCAGCCAACGCAAAUCAAGAUGUCGAGGAAUUGGGGGUUCACGUUGACACUGACACCGAGGUCAGCGCAUCGCCGUCGUCUACACUCCAUGACAGCGUUGUGGACGAGAACGAGAAGGUCGAUGACCUUGGAUCCUUGCCUACUGUGCAGGCAGAUCCGUUCAAGGACCUCCUUGCCGAGCUGCGACGGGAGUUCGUACUCAAGGCAGCGUUUGAGUAGGUUGGGUGUGUGUGCAGUGUCUGAUUCUGCGAGUCUAUGAUUUCCCUGCUCGUGCGGAUGUUCGGAACAUGGUGUAUAUCCAAAAGCCUUGAUUUGCUUAUAUUUGAUUUAUUGUAUUUCUGCCUGUCAUGUUUUCAGCAGCAAGGACUUGUUGAUACUUCUCAGUGUAUCUCUUCUUUCUUCCCACUCAUGUAUCAAAACACAGAUAUCGAACAAUCACAACUCCCAAAUCCUCGUGAAGCCUUCCA